CCACAACAUCUCACGAACCAGAUCCUCUCUCAUGCCACAUCAGCAUGUGCAAUCUCGAGUCUCGUAGAUUGGUUAUUUCUUCAUCACACAUACUCGACUCAAUUUUGUUUUAAUUUCAUAAGAGAAAACUUGGACAAGAUAAUGGCAGCAAGUGCAUCUCCAAUGGCGAGCCAGCUAAGGAGCAGCUUCUCCUCCACAUCUAUUGCGAGGCGUCUCGCGGUGCCAAAGGGCAUCUCCAGCGCUCCUUUCGGCGUUUCUCCAACUAAGAGAACCUCUUCCUUCACCGUCCGUGCUGUUCAGUCCGAUAAGCCAACAUUCCAAGUGGUUCAACCAAUCAACGGCGAUCCAUUCAUUGGAAGUUUGGAGACUCCGGUGACGUCUAGCCCAUUGGUAGCGUGGUACCUCUCCAACCUCCCGGCUUACCGCACCGCCGUCAACCCUCUCCUCCGUGGUGUCGAAGUGGGCCUUGCCCAUGGUUUCCUAUUAGUGGGCCCAUUUGUCAAAGCUGGCCCAUUAAGGAACACAGCUUACGCUGGCUCCGCCGGUUCUUUAGCCGCCGCUGGGCUGGUAGUCAUUCUCAGCAUGUGCCUGACCAUCUACGGAAUCUCUUCGUUCAAGGAAGGAGAGCCAUCGAUCGCACCGAAAUUGACUUUAACCGGGCGGAAGAAGCAGCCUGACCAGCUUCAGACAGCUGAGGGUUGGGCUAAGUUCACUGGAGGGUUCUUCUUCGGAGGGAUCUCUGGUGUGACUUGGGCUUACUUCCUUCUCUAUGUUCUUGACCUUCCUUACUACGUCAAA